AUGCCCGCGUCCCCCUCUACCCCAGUCCCCCCCUUGCAAGCUAGCUCGCUGCCAAACUGCCCCGGCCUGCCAUCGCACGCUCCCUUCGCCUCCCACGCUCCUCCCAACCCCUCCCUUUCCGUUCUGCCAUGUGCUCUUGAAGCAGCAGCAGCAGCAACCGGGGAGCGAAGCGCAGUGGGCAGCAAAGAGCUCGCUUUUCCUGGCUUUCGGAGAGCUUGCGGCACAGCAGAGGGAACUUUCACUAUAGAAAGGCAGCGCGUUUACCAGGGAGAGUAUGGGGCUGGCCAUGACCCAUCAAGACUACUCAUGAUGCAGCAGAGGAAGCUGAGUGGCACACUGACAACACCAGUUGCUCCAGCAGAAGCGCAGAGCACAAGGCUCACCCUUUCGUUCUGCUCCGGCCGCAAGAGGCCGGUACAGGUCCUUGGGAGGGCAGAGUUAGAAGCAGCACAAACUCAUACACAGGAACUGAAUGUCUGGUCUUUCCGCUACAGAUUGGGAACUUGA